AUGACAACAGAAAAGGGAUUGCCCAUGGAGAUGAAGAGUACCAUGGAGGGUGAUGUCAGGAGGACCAAUCAGGUUGGAGAGCUGCAAGACUCACAGUCAUGUAUCAUUUUGCACUUCACAUCUAAUCAUUUAGCAUUUGCAUUUAACCUACAAAACACAGUAUAUCAUAAAAUGGAGUGAAUCUUUGAAUAUUAUGCAGUGUGCAUUGUAUCAUAUGCCUUUUGUGGUUAUUACAUGAAUGUCCACAUCAUAUAGCCUACUGUUUUGUGAUUUCAUACAUGUACUUGGCUUGGUUACUAAGUCAACAGUUUGUAGUUUAUGAAGUUUUAUUUGAAACUGUUUCACUUAUCUUAAGGAUCAUGACAGUAAGACGUCAGAUGACCAUCAUGGGGACAUGGAUGACAGCUCUGAGAAGACCCCCAGCAAAGCAUCAAAAUCCCCCCAGAAAACAUCCAAACGCCCCAAAACCAUUCCU